AUAACGCACCCAUAGAUCUCCAGUGGGUUGAUCAUGAACGUGGUGGCCUGCGGUGUCUCGGAACUGAAAGCCCUGUCAAUUCUUCCACGCAUUGUUUGUCAUUGUUUGCUGGCCUUGUCGUGUUUAACACCAAAGACUGGACAUCAAUUGCCAUUCAAUUACUGCGAUGACUCGAGGAAAUCAACGAGAAACGGAUCGGGCAAAGGCCGCCAAAAAGCAGGCCGCCUUGAACAAAUCCAAAGCAAAGGAAAGUAAUACAUCGCUGGCAAAGCGCAAAGAAACCGAUGCAGAGAUUCUAAGAGCGAAACAGAAGAAACGAGAUGAAGAGAAGGCUGCAGAAGCCGCAGCCAACGCAGCCAAAUCUAUCAAAUAACAGGAGCCUAUGGUCAGGUGUUCUGACCAUGGUCUCUGAUUGUUAUCGGUUGGGGCGUUUAUCUUCCUCUAGCUGCGACACAUAUGCGAUGGGUUUACAAUAAUUUUAUAUCAAAUAUGAACUAUGUAUUCGUAAGCUGAGCGUAGGGCUCCCUCGCAACAGAGAUAAUCGCACGCAGAUCAUUGGGGCGAUUAGUCAGAUCACCUGGAUUCUCCCUGGCCCCAAAAUUGGUGUUUUCGAAAUGA